CUCAGGACAUCAUCAAGCGUUCCCUAACAGACUAGCUGAAUCCUCGGAUAGCGAAUCGACCUUUCAUUAAUUUUUUUUCCGACGCUCAAAUCACAUAUCAAAAACCACGAGGAGAUCGCUUUAAACUCGUGAAAUCGACUGUCUCAGGACUUUGAGGCAACCACCAGAUACACGGUUACCGCAUCGAUGCGGCGGUCAUGAGUGGACGAUUGCUGUUCACCCGGGUGGCAGCACCACUCGUCCGCCAACGACUCUAUUACAAUGUGCGCCCCAUAGCACGAAGAACGUGGCCCGACGGCGCGAAUCUACUGCACAACGUACCUGCCGUACAUGCCUCACAUUUCGCACGCGCAAUCCCAAAGUUGUUCUCCAAGUUUGCCACACUCGGGGCUUUGGGCGGUGGUGCAACCGUCGCGGGACUGGUAUACAUUCAGAAUCAGGCGACAGCGGCCGGGGCCAAGAUCAGUGACUUUUUUGGGAAGACGGUAGAUGCCGCGAGUAAUGCGGCGGGCGCUGCGUAUGAAGGUGCUAGCGGGACAUGGGAUCAAAUUCAACAGGGUUGGGAAAAUACAAAGAAGGAGUGGGAUAUUGAGGGUUGGCUAAGGGCCAUUGUAGAUCCGGGGAAGGGGUCUACCGGCGGAGAUGAAGGACGCGGGUCUCCGAGACCUGAACCACAGCAAAGCGGUGCUGCUGGGGCUGCGGCAGCAGGUGCUGCUACGGCUGCAGCAUUUGGGCUCAAUACAGACGCCGGUGAGGAUACACGAGACGAGGAGCGACUAGCAAGAGACGACCAGAUGAUGAUGUUGACGAAGAAGAUGAUUCAAAUCCGAAGUCUUUUGCAGACGGUCGGGCAAUCGGAAGCGCUUACAUUGCCUUCGAUCGUGGUAAUUGGGUCGCAAUCAUCAGGCAAGAGCUCGGUGCUAGAAGCUAUUGUCGGUCACGAAUUUCUACCGAAGGGCAACAACAUGGUUACGAGAAGACCAAUCGAGCUUACGCUGGUCAACACGCCAGAUGCGAAAGCUGAAUACGGCGAAUUCCCAGCGCUGGGCUUGGGCAAGGUCACGGAUUUCUCGCAGAUUCAAAAGACACUUACGGAUCUGAAUCUGGCCGUCCCUCCAGAACAGUGUGUCACAGACGACCCGAUUCAACUCCGGAUUUACUCGCCCAACGUUCCCGACCUGUCGCUCAUCGAUUUGCCAGGCUACAUACAAGUUGUUGGCCGAGAUCAACCGCCUGAACUGAAGGAGAAGAUUGCCGAGCUUUGUGAAAAAUAUAUUCAGCAGCCAAACAUCAUUCUAGCCAUCUCUGCAGCAGAUGUUGAUUUGGCAAACUCGACCGCUCUUCGAGCCAGUCGUAAAGUUGAUCCGAGGGGCGAGAGGACCAUCGGAGUCAUCACUAAAAUGGAUUUGGUGGAUCCAGAGAGGGGAGUCGAGAUGCUCACCGAUCGUAAAUAUGCGUUGCGGCUAGGCUAUGUGGGCGUGAUAUCCAAGAUGCCAUCGCAGUCUGGCGGCAUGCUGUUCCACCGUGGAAACCAAAACAUCACGAAUGCCGUUGUAAAAAACGAGAACGCCUAUUUUUCGGCGCAUCCUCAUGAGUUUGGACCAGAGUCCCACGUCUCAGUCGGUACGACCACGCUGAGGCAAAAGCUGAUGCACGUGCUUGAGAACACAAUGGCUGCUAGCCUAAAGACCACGUCUGAGGCGAUACAGGCUGAACUUGCAGAGGCGACGUACGAGUUCAAAGUUCAGUAUAACGACCGUCCUCUCAGCGCGGAGACAUAUCUUGCCGAGAGUCUAGAUGCAUUCAAACAUGCGUUCAGACAAUUUUCGGAGCGAUUUGGCAGGGAACAAGUUCGCGAGCUGCUCAAGCACGAGUUGGACCAGCAAGUGCUCAAUUUGCUUGCCCAGCGAUACUGGAACAAGCCUGUGACUGAUCUUGCCCCUGCUGUGCCUGAGACAGAUCCGCUGUCUGAGCUGCCCAAGGCGGACCCAGAGCACCCACUAUGGCACCUCAAGCUAGAUGCUUCUACUUCAACAUUGACCAAACUCGGUAUCGGUCGACUGGCGACAACGGUGAUCGCCAACGCUUUACAAGCACAUGUCGACCGCCUAGUCGCAUCGUCAACCUUUGCGGCACACCCUUUUGCUCGCAAAGCCAUCACAGAAGCAUCGACGACGAUUCUCAGAGAUUUGUCAUAUGACAUCAGUGACGAGCUAGAAAUCUGUAUCAAGCCGUACAAGUAUCGCAUUGAACUCGAAGACGCGGAGUGGGCCCGUGGCCGUGAAAACAUCGCCCACGUAUUGAAAGAUGAGCUACGUGUGUGUGAGCAGGCGAUCAAGUCUGUCGAAGAACAAGUGGGAGGAAAGCGCAAGCUAAAGGACGUCAUGGGCUUCAUUGAUCGCGUGAGGGAUGGCAAGGUCGUUCUCGAGGGUGAUGGAGUGGGUGGUGCAGGCGGCUUUAGCGCUGCUCUGCUCAAAAAAGGGCGCGAGGCAGUUUUCCUCCGCGACCGAGCCGAUAUCAUCCGGAUGCGGCUUCAAGCCGUAAAGUCGAAACAAUGCGUCAACAAGAAGAACAAAUACUACUGCCCAGAAGUCUUUCUCGACGCGGUGGCCGACAAGCUGACAACCACUGCGGACCUCUUCUUGGACGCCGAACUUCUCUCAAAGUUCUACUACAGUUUCCCACGAGAAUUGGACAGCCGUCUUGGUCACUCUCUAUCCCGGGCGGACAUCGAGCGCUUUGCUAGAGAAGACCCGAAGAUACGGCGUCAUCUUGACGUUGUGAAGCGCAAAGAGUUGCUGGAACACGUACUGAAGGAGAUGGAGGCGCUUCGAGCCUUAGAAGCACGGGAAAAGAGGUACACUGCUAGAGGGCUGCAGACCAAGCGAGGGGAGAAAAAGGGCUGGAGUUUGUUCUAGCGUCUGAUUUCGAACACAUGUGUCGAACAACUUUACGCGGCUAUUUUGGAGCAGUAUAACUUGGUUGUUUUUUUUUUCCUCCCGUUCUUAAUACCCUACUUUGGCCGCACACGUGUUCGCGUAUAGAUUGAAUGACUUAUCAUGAUUGCUGGAAGGGCAAACAUAUAUAUAUAUAUAUAUCUGUGUAUGUGUAGAACAAGCAGGACACGUUCCAUAGGUUAAACACAGCUCAGUUCAGGCACUUGCGACAUUGCGCUGUUCGCACGCCGCUCAGUUGCGAAUCACCA